GUGGGAAUUAAUGACAGGUAGAAGGCCUUUAUGGGAUAGAGACCAUGAUAUAGAACUUAUUCAUGAAAUAUGUGAUGGCUUACGACCACCAAUUGUCACAAAUGCACCAGAAGGUUAUAUUGAUUUAAUGCAAAUGUGUUGGCAUCACGAUCCAACGAAAAGACCAACAAUUACUGAAAUAGAAUCCAAAAUUAAAAAUAUUUUGCUUAUAGAAUCUGAUAAUUAUCAUGAAAGCAAUCCAACUAAAAUUAUAAAAUCAUCAGAUAUUGGACCUGUAACAAUAAAUAAUCCAAGUGGUAUAUAUGAAAGCAAUUCUUUGAGUUUAAUAAUGUCUACAGAAUCUACAAGAAGCUUAACAGAAAUUGACUCAUACCAAAGUGAUGAAGGAUCUUUUAAUGAAGAUAAAAGGAGACUUGAUAAUAAUUUGAUUGAAGAUGAAGAUACGAAAAAAAUUAGAUUGUCUGAAAAUGAUGAUGAUGGCAUUGCUUAAAUAUAAUAUCAUACUAUAUAAAAUAUUUUAGAUUUAAACGAAAUUUACGUUCUUUUUUAGACGUAUGUAUUUAAAUUCAAUCUUUUAAGAUCUAACGAACACACUUUCAUCAUAGAUUAUACUAUCAAAGAAAUUG